AUGAAAAUUUCAGAAGAUUUAUCUGAACAUUUUCAGUGGAGCUAUACAGAAGAACCGCAUGCAUCAAGGCGAGAUGAAAUCUUGAAGAAAUACCCAGAAAUUAAAAAAUAUUUCGGUGUUGAUCCAGCUUUCAAAUAUGUGGUUGUUGCAAUGGUCAUCAUGCAGUUUGUGUUUGCGUGGAUGCUAAAAGAUUCUGAUUGGUUACUAGUUUUAAUUCAGGCAUACUGUGUAUCCGGAACAGUAAAUCAUGCAUUAACACUGGCAAUUCAUGAAAUAUCGCAUAAUAUGGCUUUUGGUUGCACUAAUCCCUUAGCGGCGUUUGAUGGCGGGUGGAGGAAGGAGAGGGCGAGAUGCGAAAAAGAGGAAAAGGAAAGGGGAAGGAAGGGAAAGAGUCGUUGA